AUGAGCUCGCUGCUAACUCCGUUCAGCCUUGGCUCCAAGCAUGCCCACUUUCAUGUCACCGUAACCAUCCACGAGCUUGCAAAUGUGCCGGUUCUUUCGGGUGAGUUUGCGGUGGCGUGGAAAAUUCAACAUACCGCGGGCAAGCGAGGCAGUCCGCAUGGGACGUUCCAGGAGCAUGUAGAUCCCGGGCGUUCUAAGCUGCACUUGUUGAACACGCAUAGCGGCAAUGAUGUUCCACACACGGAUACCAAUCGCAGCCAAGGAUCGCAGCAUACGCCAGAAACGUCCGGCAACGAGCCGCGGAGCCCACAGGGCAAGGACGAGCCGGAGCAGGCGCGGGCCAGAACAAAUGCGCUAGUCGACCACGCACUACACGGCGAGCCUUCGGUUGAGAGUCUGCAGGAUAGUGGCUCCGAACCGCAAUGGAACAGGCUGCGCCAGCUCCGCGAAGGCAAGGAGCUGCGCCGCACGCGCACUCGCAGCGGGAGCAACGCAACUCGAUCCAUGCCGCACAUUGUUGCACACGCAGAGCGAAAAGGCCAAACAGAGUUUGAGCGCGUCUACCAAAACACGGUCAAAUUUGAGCGCAAGAUUGAGACUGUUGUUCGCAUCGCCGUCGGCAAAUCGGAUGUGGAGCCAGACCGCGAAGAGAGUGACAGUUCGCGCGGCCCACGCUCACCGCAACUGCAACAUGAUCCGGUGCAGCUCGGGAUGCUGCACGAGUCGCUGAUGCGGGUCAGAGUCAUCCAAGCGCUGCCGAAGGAAGUGCACGGAUUGGAGCACCACCACCACAACCACGACACGGUGAACAGUAUGGGCUACGUCCAUCUGGACCUGGCCCAAUACGCUCCGCGCAUGUGGUCUUCCAACGCGCAAAACUCGCAUAGGAGACUCGAAAUGCGGCAGUACCUCUUGUGCGAUAGCACGACCAACGCAUUGUUGCGCGUCUCUGUGGACAUGCGGUACUUGUACGGGCCGCAAAUGUACCGAGUUCCUCACAUUUCCGGCGGUAUUUUAGACCUUGCCGGCCUUACGUUUCAAAAUAACGACAAGGAAAAGGCCGCGAGUAACGACGCGACCAAGCCCCGCGACCAGAAUGGGAGCACGAGAGAAGACGGUUUGAAUGUGACGCACUCGAGCUUCGAGUGGCACUACAAGCUUCCUCUCUCGGAUCUGUUCUGCAUGACUGCCGUUGCACCAGAGCAUUUGCAAGACGCCUCGAAGGCGUCGAUACCGACGAUGCCGCACCACGGAUCCAAGGAUGGCAACAAUGUUCCAUACUGCGAUAUGAAUACGCAGCGCAUGGUCGACAACCUUUUCCAGGGCAUCCACGCUCCCAGCUCGGACAACGCUGACCAGGAGACACGCAGCAUUUCGUCGGACAUGAGCUCCGAUACACAGGCGUUCCGUUCUAUGAUGGCACGCUUGCGAUGGGACAAACUCAUUCACUCUGUGUCGCAGGCAACGCACGGCGCAGCGCAUCCGCACGUCGUCAAUCCACUCCGCCAGCUGACGCAUUCGAGCAACAGCUCGCAGCGCAACGGAGGUGGCAGUUCAUCACAUCCAUCCAGCGGUACACGCUCUCCUAUAGCUUCGACGAAGCAAGCGCACGCACGCACAUAG